AUGUGGUAUGGAUACUUUUCACGUCUGCACGCGGAUGUGGAGAAAAUGAGACUGAGCGUGUCGGGGCGCGGCUUGGUUCACGCGGCUCGCUGCGAUAAGAAGACCGAGCAUCCUGCUUUUAAUGAGCGCAAGGCGCGCGCGAGCGUUAUCAACCGCGACAUCCGGUCGCUGGCGCUGAGCCGAGCGCUUGCGCUUAUGACUGCAAAGACUUUCCGUUUCCGCUACUAG